GCUCCCCCGGCGCUGAGGGACGAUGGCGGCGCGGGGCCGCUGCCCCGAGUGCGGCUCGGGGUCCCUGGUGGAGGACGCGCACUACGCGCAGCAGCAGCUGGUCUGCGCCGCCUGCGGCUGCGUCCUGUCCGAGGGGCUGCUCACCACCACCUACACCGACGAGGAGCAUCUGCGGGAGGUCGCCUAUUCCCAGAGCACCGGCCAGAAGGAGCAGCUGAGCCGCUGCCUGCAGCGAGGUAAGAGCAGUUCCCAGCGAGCUGAUCCUCCCUGGCCCGCUCUGUCUGACCUGGUUCUGGGGCUAGAAAAGCCUCAGGAGCUCCUUGGGGCCCGGGGAGGGCACUCGGUGCUGGAUCCAGCCGGAGCCUCCCCUGCCCUGAGGGACUGGGAGGUGUUUCAGUGCUGUGUGUGGGGCUGGGCGGUGUUUGAGUGCCGUGUGUGGGGCUGGGAGGUGUUUAA